GAUAGAACUUCGUCCGGCGUCCGCCCCAUCGGUAGUUUGCGGCCAGACACCGCAAGACGAAGAGGUUGCUGUGCUUCUCACAGUUACUGAAUACCCUCGAGCGCCAAUUCAAAUUAAUCUCAAUCUCCCUCAGUGUGAUGUUCUCCCAAAAUCAAGUGUCGUGAUCUUCGUGCCUUGUGAUAUCUAAAUUACCAUCCAAUCUCUUUACACUUUUCGACAAAUUUUGCGAAAACAUGUGAAAAGAUCAGGAUAAAGAAGUUGGGUCUCAUCGCGAGCGAAGGGUAAUUUCGGAUUCUUGGAACUCAAACCAUAGAGAGAGGACCUUCAAUUCCUUUCUCCUCUUUCGCAGAAUUCGUCGCGCAAAAGGAGCAAGAAGAAUUUCAAAAAACAAGAAAAAAGUUAAAAUAUCAAAUUAAAUCAUACAAAAAAAAACUUAAAAAGCAUCUGCGAUGUUUACGUGAAAGAGUGAUAAACAAAUCUGUUAAAAGGUCCGUCAGAGCAGAUAGGAUAAAAAUAGGGACAGAAUGUAUCAUCCGGGAAGUCAUCUGUGCGUCACGUGAGACAACCCUUGUGUAUUUAUCGCGAAAAUCACCUGCCGGUUUGGUGAAAAACGGACGAGGGGUUGAUUGGACAUGAUCCUGGUAUAGAAAGAAGAUCGAGGGGAUUGUUAAUUGGUCAUUUUUAAAGUUAACGGUGACAAAUGAUAGUUGGUUAGUGAACAUCGAGUAGUUGGCCAAUGAUGCCCAAUUGGAAAAUCGUCGUCGCCAGGGAAGGAGAAGAAGAAAGUUCUGCAGGGAUUCUUAGAGCCAUAUCCGGCUAAUCCUGAAGCUGCAGCUGGUGCCGGUUCGCCAUUUUUGUACCGAUUGGCUCGACGAGGUCCACUUCGGCUUCAGACGAUCGUCCUCUUUGUGAGCUAUAUUCUCAGAAUUCUCUCCGGAAGCCUGGAUUGAAGAUACAGCACAUGACUUUGAUGACGAGGACAUAAAAUACAAGGAAAAAGAGAUACGAUGACGAAGUUGCGGAGGGCGAGAAACCGCGAGGACGUCUUCGGAGAGUAAAUGGACCGACGAUCAAAUUCCCCAAAAUCGGCGAGAACUCACAAGGUCAUCCCCACUUUAUUGCGCUAUAACGGGUGACAAUUCGUCACCGAGAAGUAGGACCAGGACCGGCGUCGAGGAUGCUGCAGAGUUGCAUCGGUGGAGGAUCAUCGAGAUGUGCCCGCAGAGCGUUGGUCUUCGUCUUCGCCUGGGGCCUCGUGAUGAUAGCUGCAGUACAGUUCCGUCAUGCAGAAAAUAGUGUUUUGCAUGAAAGUAACAUGGCCGCCGACGACGGCGUCGGCGGCUACAAACGAGAGCACCAGGGCCUGGGUGCAUCCCGAUUUCUUCUACAACGAUCCUCCUUACUUGAUUCUAGCAUUUCUAGAGAUAAUUCCGCCCUUGGUUCCCUUUACACGACCCUAACAACCGGCAGCGAACGAAUUUCCCCAAUCACCAGGAGUCCCAUCGACUUGGAGCCUCUUCUCGACAAAAGACCAGCGAAAACCGAGGAAGAACUUAUCCGAGAGAUCGAAGAUCGUCUACCCAGCCUGCCACUUGCCUAUUGGAACAAGAACAGCAAAUUUAGCGUUAACCAAAAUAAAAAUGCAAAAAGCAACGAAUCCGGCUGUGUCGCAAAAUAUCCUAGCAUCUAUGAUUUGGAGUUCAACAACAUCUACUGGCAAAGUCUAAAGACUAGUAACGGAACAUUCCAACUCUUUGGAGCUUUUUACGAUAACAGGAAGCUCUCUAGAAUUGGACCUGCCAUCAGAAUCGUCGGGAUGAUCAAUAGGAUCGAACCUGUGAUCAAGACUUAUUGCCAGCUAUGGUACGAUGGGGAACGGGAACCAAAGGUUGUUGAGAUUCUUGAGUAUAAGUACAUCUGGUUCUCCAAGUGGGGUAAUUAUAAGCAGGGUAUCUAUCAACCUUAUGUGAUUGCUUGCAAGAUUCCGCAAUCUCAUUGGAGAAAAGGACCACCAGCUUCCGUGUCUUUGGUCGAGAAGGUCUGCGAUACUGGUACCAAUAAUCUUCGGGUGAUUUACAAUAAACCUGAAAAGAAGAAAGACUUCGCGGUUUGUGUUAAGGGAUUGGACUUUCUUCAUGAGGAUCUGUCUGUUAGACUAGUUGAGUGGAUCGAACUCAUCGGACUAUUGGGGGCGGACAAGAUUUUCUUUUACGAACUUCAGGUUCAUCCGAACGUGACGAAAGUGCUGAAUCACUAUCAGAAACUGGGAAAAGUGCACGUAACUCCUCUAACUCUUCCUGGGGGUCAGCCGAAUGUGCCAGCCUUUCAGCACAUGUACUUGACGAAAAAGACUAACCACAAGAGACAAAACGAACUAAUCCCUUAUAACGACUGCCUCUACAAGCACAUGUACGAGUACGAGUACAUUGCCCUGUUGGACGUCGACGAAGUGAUAAUGCCGGUUCGCGACGCCACGUGGCAGGAACUGAUGAAAAGGCGAGUUCUGCCCAAGGCUUUCAAGAUACGGAACGAGACACGAGCCUCCUACAACGUCAGGAACGUCUACUUCCUCGACGACCUCCUCCACUCUCACGGCUCCUUCAAGGACAUACCGAGGUAUAUGCACAUGCUGCAGCACGUCUACAGGGCCAAGAACUUUACAAAACCUAAUCAGUACAUCAAGUGCUUCCACAAUCCAGAACGAGUGGUCACACUUCACAACCAUUUUCCUCUGGCCUGCUUAGGGGCUGGAUGUACUAGUUAUCCAAUAGAGACUGAAGAUGCCCAAUUGCAGCAUUACAGAGCAGACUGCGUCAAAUCCUUGAAAAAAACCUGCGUCGAAUAUCGCGAAAAUAGCGUAAUGGACAAAACAAUUUGGCGUUAUAAGGAUCAGUUAGUCGAGAGAGUGACCGAUACUCUCAGGACUUUAGGGUUUUUUGGACCCAGCUAGCCCAAUUAUUAAUAAAAGUCCCUCGAAUAUAGUCUGUAAUCGCUGAAAUUAGCUUUAAUCUACGUUGCUCAGUUCUCUGCCGUGAUGAGAAAAAGAAGACUGAGGGAGAAAAAGAAAGUGAUGUCUUAAAGAAUAUAUAUUACUAAGUAAUGUUAUAUGAAAGAUUUUCUUUGAAAUCCAAAUUUUAGAUUAUUAUUUUAAUAAACUUUCUGAAUGCAUAAGAUAUUCUUACAAAAAAUACUUUUACAUUAAGAAUUGUUCGUUCGUGAAAUGAUUCGAUUCACUGAGAUGAAAAAUAUAGUAUGGCUUGACAUUUUAUCUUCAAGAUAUCCUGACCUUUCUCAUUCCGUCUCAUUUACGACGUCUGUCUAUAAUUAUUACGUAAAUCCUCGAAGGGUGAUAUGCUCAAUAUUUGAUUGAAAUUAAUGACGAGAGGUUCUAACUCUUGUUCGCUCAUCACGAUUCAUUAAAUGUACGAUUUAAAAUACUGUAAAAACGUAUUUUGAGCCGUGUCGUGAAAUCUGUAAAUAUUCUUUAGUAUAAUAAUUUAUAAUCAUGUCGAAAAAUCCCAUUAACAACCUUUUAUGAAAAUCUUGUAAGUUUAAAAAUACAAGCCCACAAAAAACAAUAAUUUGUUACAAAUUUCGAAACAUCACCAAAAAUGCGCUUUUAUACAUUUUCUAUAAAAUCUAAUUCUGUACUUAGAUAAAGAGUGAAUAACAGUCCGUGAUCUGAUUAUUUAAGUGACUUGAAGUAUAAAUCGCUGUAGGUAAUAAUCUAUUUAUUAUAAAAUAUAUAGUGUCCAUAGGAAUGUAUGAUAAUUUUUAGUCAUUCCUUAUACUGAAAAUCCUCACACGAACAUCUGUUUCCUCAAUACUGUUUUCGUUCAUGGUGAACCUUGAUCGCUUUCUGUGUGAUAUGCUAUUAUAUCCGAUAUUAAUUUUAAGAAGGGCGAUUCGUGAUGCACCAUGAACUUUUUUUACGCUUCCCGCGAUUGCAUCGGCAGUUUAAUUAAAGUUAAGCUCGUUAAAUCUACGCUGUAAAUAAAUAAUAGUUGA